AUGUUCAAAAUGCUUAAACCUAAACCUCCCCCAGAACUUCUGGUUAAGGUGUGUGACCAAAACCCCUUAUGUCGUAAGGCUCUUGUAACAUGUCACAAAGCAUGGGUUAAGUGGGGUACAAGUAAGGAUGCCACGUUUUCCUGGCCAGAAAACUGCAGCAUUCUCCCUACAGAUCUAGCUAGCCUGUUAGAACAGAUCAAUGAUAAAUGUAAGGGCAAAGAACUAAAAGCACAUACCGCAUGCCAUGACAUCUGGCAAGCAUAUGCUCAGCAAUACCCAGAAAAACCACCUGCAUAUGCCCCAGCUGAACCAGCCCACAUAGACACUGCUCCGAGUUCAGCCAAAUUAUAUCCCGUCCUUAACAUGGACGCACAGGAGCAAUUACAGACUGCCCUAAACACGCCUAUUGGCAAUCCUAGGGUAGCACAGGGCUAUACUGCCCCGGCAUUUCCCCCACCAACAAACUUGCAGACAGUGCCACAUGCCAGUAAUGAGGACUCAUACUGGGCAGACGUCUCAGGGCGUCUUAAACUUAGCAAAACCAACCCUUUUCGUCCUAAUGAGGAUGCUGCACACCAAACCCCUGUUAACAGAGCACCUCCUAGUCAAGGUUUUCAGACCCCUAUGGGAAAUCACCCUGAAGUCAGGGCAAAUACACCUCUCUCUAACAUAUCUUUUGAUGAGGAAGAGGAUGAAAUGCCCAUAUUAGAAGAUGCAGAAAUCCCAACAUCUAGAGUCUUGGCAACUAUUGUUACAAGACCAAAAAACAACACUCCAAAACAAAAUUCUUUCUCCCCAAAGGAUAUAGUAAUCCGAGGAGAAGGGGGGGAUAGCACUUUUGUAGAUCCUUGGGUUGACAAUCUGGCCGGCUGGUCAGAAUCUUUAAAACCUAAUGUUACCCCAUUCCCUAGAGAGGGAGCUCUGGACACCCGUAACUUGAAUACAGCACGCCUCUGUAUCAGAGGUGGCAUGGGAGAUCCAAAUUGGGACAGACAAUACAUGAUUAAUGGUCUUAGCAUUUGGGAGAAAUAUGAAAAUCUGAGCGCACUUGCUAACAUAGUCUCACCCUCACCCAAACAGAUGUAUCCUCUUAUGCAUACUACCAAAGGACUUAAAUAUGUCCCUUGGAACUUUGCCGAUGUGGAAGGGAUAAUCAAAGGUGUCUGUUUCAACUGUCACAAGCCAGGACAUUAUGCCCGUGCAUGCCGUAGUCCAAAACGUUUCGGCAAUCAGCAGAGACUUGUUAACCAAAGCAUCAUUCUUGAUUUUGCUGUCUCACGUCCAACUAUACUGUUUGCAACUACUGUCACUUCUUCUGCAGAUUCAGUUGAUCCAUUUGUCGAUAUACCUAAAGCAGUCUGGGCCACACCCGAGGCACCUUUUGGUAAGGCCGUUUCAGUUGAAGAGGUGCAAAUUAAUUUACGUCCAGGGUGUGAUGGCCCCAAGGUACCACAGUACCCACUCAAAGCCCAAUCCAUUCAGGGUGUGGCAGAUGAAAUUAAUCUACUUUUGCAACACGGCAUAAUUGAACCAAGCGACUCUCCUUAUAACACUCCUUUGUACCCAGUACAGAAGCCAAAUGGCUCCUACCGUAUAGUCCAUGACUUACGGAAGCUAAAUGAAGUAGUCGCAGCAGAGUUCCCCGUUGUUGCCAACCCUGCCACUCUCUUACAAGACAACCCCUUAAAGGAAUAUAAUUCAGUUUUGGAUUUAUCCCAAGCAUUUUAUUGCAUUCCUUUAUCUCAGCAAUCCAGACCACUUUUUGCAUUCACAUACAACAAUAACCGUUACCAAUGGACCCGCCUCGUAAUGGGCGGAGUUGACAGUCCCUCAAUCUUCAGCCGCGUACUCGCGACUGAUCUGCAAAUUUUCACUGACCUUUUACCUACUUCUGCUUUCCUACUCCAGUAUGUUGACGACCUUUUGCUUUCUGCAGACACUGCUGAACUGUGCCAACACUACACUUGUGCCUUACUUCUGCAUUUGCAUACAUGUGGUUACAAGGUCAAUCGUUCAAAGCUGCAAUUUUGUCAAACCUCAGUUACUUUUCUAGGCAUGACACUCAGCAAGGGAGCCAAACUCAUGGGCCCCCAGGUGCUCACUGAUGUCCAACGUAUGCAUCUACCUACCUCAGUCAAAGAAUUACGCAGUGUUUUGGGUUUGUUUAACUUUUGUCGCUUAUGGAUUCCUGCUUACAGUUCUCGCAUACUUCCUUUCAGAAAAUACCUCAAAGGCAACCCUCCUGGCUAUGCUUCUGUCUCUCUGUCUCAAUCUGACUCUACUGCUCUUGAAUGUCUAAUGUCUGAUAUUUUGCAGGCCCCACAACUCCAUUUGCCGAACAGCUGUGAGCCCAUCUACAUGUACGUUUUUGCGAAUGCAAUCUGUUGGGCGGCUGUAGCCACCCAACAAGAGGGAUGUAUUAUAGGACACUUUUCAGGAAUUUUUACACCCAUAGAACAAGCUUUCACUUCCUGUGAACGUAACAUAUGCGCUUGCGCAGCAUCUGUAGAAAAACUCUAUUCACAUGUAAUUGUUCCCAGUGUCAUCAUAUACACCUCACAUGACGUGCCAGCACUACUCAAAAGUAAUACAUUACACUUUGUGCCUGCACGCGUAGGACAAUGCACGGCUGUGCUCCUACGAAGUCACAUUUCUUUCAAAGGAAUGCCUCCAACUAAUCCUUUCAAUAAUCUUAAAGACUUAUUGUUGUUCUCGGCUGAGAACCAUGAUUGUACUUCUGAGGAAAUUCCAGAGGAACGUCCCUUUAUGGGUAUUGUCCCAGUAACAGAUUUACCACCGUCACAUGUUGUAAUUUUCUCUGACGGUUCACAGACAGAAACACAUACGGGCUUUGCCGUGUGUCAGAUAGAUCCGGACACCAAAGAAAUUAUACAGAAAAAACAAUAUGCAUUACCACCAGAUACAUCAGCCCAAUUAGCAGAGAUAGCCGCCGCCUUAGAAGGUUUCCGGCUCAUGAAUGACAACAACGGAGUUCUGUAUACAGACUCAGCUUACGUCACUACCACCAUACAUACAAAUGCAUCUAAAUGGCACAAGAGAGGUUUCGUUACAGGAAAAGGGACCCCACUACAACAUCAUGACACGAUUCUUGCUAUAAUGGAAGUACUACAGGAAAGACACAAGAAAGAUUUAAAAACAUCCUGUGAAUGGGUAAAAGCACACCAACAUAAUGUCACAGAUAUUGUCGCAUACGGCAAUCAGAUAGUUGACGAACUAGCAAAACAAACCACAAACCCACUAACCAUUUUUGUACAAACACGAGCUAAGAAAUAUCUUUCCACUUCUAACCCUUUUGCACCCAUCAGAGUAAUGCAAGAAAGCGCCACUAGUGCAGAAACAGACAAAUGGGUGGCUAAUGAGUGCUCUCAUUACUAUCACAAUAAUGAGCCUCCAUAUAUUUGGAUGCACCCUUCAGGUGUACCAGCAUUGCCCAUAGGUGAGUGCCACCUAUUGGCCCACCAGUUACACUACGGGUCACAUAUGCCAACAAAUGACUUGAUCAAUACUAUAAGGGGAAUGUACUGGUGCCCAGAUUUAAAAGAUAUUUGUAAAGCUGUGGUCAAUACUUGUAAUGUUUGUUUUACCAACACCAGUCAUCAAACUCCAAGGAUUCCUCCUGGAGCGAUUCCAAGGCCUGCUGGCCCCUUCAGAGAAUGGCAUAUCGAUUUCACGGACAUGGUAACUCCUUGCAAAGGAUACAGGUCGGAGAUCUAGUCUACAAGAGAAACUUUACUCGUAGCCGUUGGGACCAACCUAUCUAUUCCGGUCCUUUUAAAAUACAACAGCUC